GCGAUUCUACCGGAUCUUCGCCGAAAAGUCGCCAGCGCACCGAGACGGCCAGCCAGCCGCAGGAACAUCCGGAGUGAAGCCGUGAGGCCAAGGCGCGUCGAAUGUGACGCGUUAAUUGCGGAGCAACCAUGUCGAGUUACCCACCGCCACCGCCCUCGACAAGCGACGGCACAGGGCCGACCCCAAAUAAUCCCCAGCAGGGCGCCGACAGCGACAAUCGCCAAACCCAUCCGCCGCAAACCCAUCCUCAAUUCGCCGCCGAAGCUGCCGCUGCCGCAGUCGCCGCCGCCCAUCAUGGCCUCCAGGCGUUACAAGCUGCCGUCGCAGCGCCCGCUCCCGUUCCAUCACCGAGCUCGGUGACAUCGCAGCAUGCAUCCCUCGCCGACCCCUCCUCCUACUUGACCGGCGAUGAGGUCGGGCCAUCUCCCGGUGGCGGGGCAAAUGCAAAGGCAACCCGUCUGCGCCGGGCUUGCGACAUGUGCAGCCAGCGCAAAGUUAAGUGCGACGAGACCCAGCCAUGCAAGCCCUGCAUCGAACUCGGCGUCGACUGCACGUUCAACCGGACAAUGAAACGGCGCGGCCCGCCUAACAAGCACGCAGAAGCGGCCAAGGCGGCCAAGCAGCAACGACUUGAGCCAAACAUCAGUCCUGGUCCCCAUAAUGCCGCCGAGACGCUCAUCUCGAUUUCGGGCGCCCAAGAUGCGCAGCAUAUCCUGGAUGCCGAGUCUAUCGCGCCGUGGCCGGUCUUGACGUUGCUCAUUGACGACUUCUUCACAUAUAUCCACCCGCUCGCGCCGUUUCCCCACGAGACCACAUUCCGCAUGUCAUUCACAGCACGAGAGGACCGCACAAAUCGGGCAUUCCUUGGGCUCCUGGCCAGCAUGAUUGGCGCUUUGGUGGCAUCGUUCCCUAGAACAGCGCGGUUGCACCUCAAGACACACCAACACGGCAUGCACAUGUACCCGAAAUCCAUCAACUUGGUGGACCGGUGUCGAACAGUAGCCCUCGAGGCGCGGGGCGCCUCGUUCUACGGCAAGGACGAUAUCACCGUCUAUGACGCCGCCACCAGCUACUUCAUUGCCCUCGCCGCCGCAUACACCAUGCGGUGGAAAGUUUACCGCCGUUUCAUGGCCGAAUCAAUGGCUUUCAUUCGUGAGCUAGGGUACCACAAACCGCGCGACCUGGGCUCAUCCAUGUUCGGCGUCACCUACCGUGGCCCCCCCUUCAACCACGUCGAAGACCAGCUCGGAAAGCGCAUCUUCUGGUGUCUGUUCCUCGGCCUUCGAUCUAUGUACCAGCUUGGUACUCACCACAGCGACCUUGUUCUGCCACCGCCGACUCCGAGCGAGCCGUAUCCCGACUUCCCCGUUGAAGUGGACGACCAAUAUAUCCUGACCCACCAGAUCCUGGGCCAGCCUGACCAUAGUGUCUCGCUCUUGACUGGCUUCAACCAGGGUAUCAAGAUCUACAUGACCAUGAAUGGUCUCGUCAGUGUCGAGUUGUCGUACGGCAUCUCAACCCUUCCCUUCCACGAUCAACAGGUGAUGCUCGAUGAAUCACUGCAGGCGGUAAAGCAAAUGCUGGACGGCUUGCCGCCGGAACUCACAAUCGACGUAAACCCUCGCCCGGGAAGCACCCCGAAUCAUGGUCUCCCCAAUUUGAUCCCCACCGCGCCACAGAACAGUGUGUUUGACGACGGCAACAGUGGGCUUCAAUACUGCCCCAUCGGCUACCCGCCCUUGCAACAGCAACAACAACAGCAACAAUCGACUGCCGACUUCCACCGCACACCUGGCGCACGCCCCGAGCGGCGCCGGCUCCAGUACGAGAUCCAAAAAGCCAACAUUUACGCGUCCCAGCUGGCUACCCGUUCCUACUACGUCGAGCGGUACCUCAAUCUACGAGACGCCCACCGCGCACAUGCCCGCGCCCAGGCUGCACAGUCGUUCGCUGCGAGCCAACAGCAGCAGCAGCAGCAGCAAAACGGCAAUGGCACCACCGGUAGCGGCAGCAACCCGGGAGACAACAAAUCUGUCGCAGCCGCCGCUCUGCACGCGGCCGCCGAGCAGACCGACCCGAUCGACGCCAACAUGGCGGCCGAGCGCGAGCUGAUCGUUCAGCACCUGCUCACCGUGCUGGCGUCCAUCUCCCAUCGCAGCAUGGAGCCCAACGGCGGCUCGCUCAUCCACAAAAUCCGUCAGGUUGCGAGCACGCUCGUGAACGAUUCGCCCCACCGCAAGGGCCCAGUCGCCAUCAAGGCGGAAGAGUCGCUCAGCAAGUUUGUGGAGCUCCUGAUGCGCCUGGAGAGGAUCCCGCCUGGUGGUGAGGGCGAGAAUGGUGUUGGGAACCUGGCGGCUGGGGAGGAUGAGGAGCAGGAGUUGAGGACGUGGGCGGAUUUGAGGGAGCAUCAGGCCCGGUUUUUGCAGUGUGGUGGGUUUAUGGGGCUGCCUUGAGCGUGUAUUUGCUUUCUUCUGGGCAUGAAUGAGACCUGGCGUUGCGGUGGGGAGGAUGGCCCGCGUGAAAAAGUAGUCCAUAUCAUGCAUAUCGUACAGUACGACUUCCAGUCCCCGCAUUUCGUCUAAUAAUAUCCCAACGAAUCAUUGUGUC